CAACCUACCGAAAAUCACAGGUUUUUUCAUAAUACUCACCGAAAAGGCAUAAAACCAUUUGCCUAAUGAUUGAAUGCAGUAAACUCCAUAUGAUGCAUGGAAAUCACUACAGACCAGAACCAGAAAUUCAACACUGACAACUAAGGCCUGUGUCUGCAAUUCAUGUGAUGCGAUGAAAUUGGACGGACUGGUAACACCAAUUGAAAUUCCUACUGAAAACUGCCGAUAAAAUGUUGACGCUCCUACCGUAAACUGCAAAAAAGAUCUGGCCAUACUGACGCGGACGCUGCAAAAACGUUGCGUAUUUAUAUUAAGUGAUUCAAUAGUUGAACGGCUCGUUGUAAUUUUGCGAUUUUCUUUUUCCAUUGUUCGGUAAAUUUAGAGAAAAAACUAAAUUUACCGAACAAUUUGAAGAAAAUAGAUAAUUUUGACUAAUAAACAAAAAAACACAACGAUUGUGACAUCUUGACAACAAUGCCGCCAACAAAGCAAGAAAACAGCUGAUCGCAGGCUGCAUUUGUUGUCAAACUGCACUCUUCUCGCCCCGGCAGAAUGGAGCAAACGAAUCGGUGUGGCCUGUUUUUCUUAUUUUUAAGCUGCAUUUUAGUGUUUAAGCUCGCAAACGGUGACUGUGGAUGCAACAAGCUGAAACGCAAUGCCGAGGGCGAAGAGCAGCCGAAGGAACGCGUCAUCUUCCCGGCCGAUGCAACACAACACUCCCACUCCGACGGGGCGGACCGUCGUCCGGAGAGCUUGCUCGAUCUGGUGGAACAUUCCAAGCGGUUCGAAGACAUGAGCCUUAUCCCAGGAGGUGAAUAUGUAAUCGGCACAAAUGAACCUAUCUUCGUCAAGGAUCGCGAAUCACCGGCCCGGCCCGCGACGAUCCGCGACUUUUACCUCGACCAGUACGAAGUCUCCAACGCACAGUUCAAGGCAUUCGUCGACCAGACGGGCUACGUCACGGAGGCGGAAAAGUUUGGCGACAGCUUCGUCUUCCAGCAGCUGCUCAGCGAACCGGUGCGCCAGCAGUACGAAGAUUUCCGCGUGGCGGCGGCGCCCUGGUGGUACAAGGUACGUGGAGCCUCCUGGCAGCAUCCGGAAGGUGAUGUGUCACGUGAUAUAAGCGACCGAUUGGACCAUCCGGUGGUGCACGUGUCCUGGAACGAUGCGGUCGCGUACUGCGCCUGGAAAGGGAAGCGCCUGCCGACGGAAGCGGAAUGGGAAGCGGCCUGCCGGGGCGGUCGCAAGCAGAAGCUGUUCCCCUGGGGUAACAAGCUGAUGCCGAAGGAGCAGCACAUGAUGAACAUAUGGCAGGGCGAGUUCCCGGACAGCAAUCUGAAGGAGGAUGGCUACGAGACCACCUGCCCGGUGACGUCCUUCCGCCAGAACCCGUUCGAGCUGUACAACAUCGUUGGCAACGUGUGGGAGUGGACGGCGGAUCUUUGGGACGCGAAGGAUGCGGCCAUCGAGCGCAAGCCGGGCAGCGAUCCACCGAAUCGGGUGAAAAAGGGUGGCUCAUACCUGUGUCACGAAUCGUACUGCUAUCGCUAUCGCUGUGCGGCUCGAUCGCAGAACACCGAGGACAGUUCGGCGGGCAAUCUGGGCUUCCGGUGCGCUGCCGAUGCUAACUGAAUGGAGCGGAUCCUAUUCCUUCUUUGUGAUAAUCUCAACGGACUCUUCCUGCGGGAAGACUAUCUAAUAACGACGCAUUUUUUACUAUUUAAAGCAUACAAAUAAAUGGCCCCUUAUUCAAACUAAAA